AUGAAAGAAGAAAUGAUUCACUUAAGGGCCAGAAAAUGCUUAGAACCUGGAUGUACUACACGUGCAGUUUUUAAUGUUGUCAAAAAGGCGCUCUUCGCUGUAGAGGGAUCAUUAAGAACUUUCUGUGGUCAACAUAAGCAGGAUGACAUGAUUAACGUUGCAAGCAGAAAAUGCGCACACUCAGAUUGUUAUACUCGUCCUUAUUUUAAUGUCCCAGGAAAAACACAAGGCCAAUAUUGCGCUAGACACAAAACAGCUGGCAUGGUUAACGUAGUAAAUCGGCGGUGUGAAAAAGCUUGUUGUAUGACCAUACCGACUUUUAAUAUUUUGGGAGAAAAAAGGGCACGUUUUUGUGAAGCCCACCGAAAUCCUGGAAUGGUUAACGUUAUUGGCCCAAAGUGUAAUAAUGUUAAUUGCCAAAAAAGAGCACUAUACGGAAUACCUGGUUAUAAAAUGUCACGUUGCUUCAUACAUAAAGACAAAGGUAUGAUAUCACAUUCUUCACGUUUAUGCAUGAUCUCAGACUGUAAAAAGCUUGCUACUCACGGACUUUCUAACCCAACUAGGUGCGAAAAACACUUCACAGAUAAUAUGGUUGAUUUAGUCCAAAAAAUAUGUUCUAAUUGUGGAUUGCUUGAUAUCCUUUUGCAAGAUCAGAAGUGCGCUGAAUGUAGCACUUAUGCUGAAGCAAAAACAAGAGUACGUUUGUCAAAGCAACUUCGAGUGAAAUAUAUUUUAGACGAAAACAAUAUUCUAUAUGAAGCAUACGAUUCUAUUGUGGGAGAUGGAGUGUGUUCAAAAAAGCGUCCUGACUUUGUCAUUGAUGCAGACACACAUAAAGUUGUACUGGAAGUAGAUGAGUAUCAACACAAGAAAGGGGAAUAUAACUGUGAGGUAAAAAGGAUGUGGGACAUUGUGCAAGCACUUGGUAUCCCUACUCUCUUUAUUCGUUAUAAUCCUGAUAGUUACAUGUUUAACGGAAUUACAAAGGAUAGUAAUGAUAGAGAGAGAAAACAAGAAUUGUUAAUGUGCUUGAGCGAUGCAAUAAAAUCGCCACCUGCUGAAGAAUCACAAUUCCUUCGAGUUGUCUACCUUUCUAUGAUGGAUACGAUAGCACUAAGUACAAGAUAA